UUCCAAGGGCCCCCAGCGCAGCCCUAUUAAUUAUCCCGUUUGGUUUUGUUUGGGAUUGGCACAUAUUCCGUAUUCACGGACCAGAGGUAUAACCACCGGGAGCACGAGUUUGGGCGGGAACGGGGUAAUAGAACCUUCAGAUUUCGAGCGACGGGUUGAUUCUCAUGGCUUCUACAACUGGUCUGGACCAAAACGAGUCCUACGAUGAUGGUUCAUCAUCUUACUUCCAGAAAACAGUAUGCUUGCACGAUUGGUGGUUAAUCAAAGCUGAAGAGGACUUUGAAGGGAAACGACUAGCCGUUGCGGGCUUCACCUCGCGAGAGCAACAAGCAGUGCGUGUGUUUUCAUCUGCACCAGUACUCAAAAGAUACGAUAUGUUUACCCUGGAGACAGCUGACGGGAUUUGUGUUUUUAUUAAAGGAUUCAUUAACAAGCAGCGGACUAGCGAUAAUGGGUUUCCUUCCGAGGUUUUUAGUCAUUUUGUGUUUGGCUUUCCUCCCAACUGGGAAGAAUAUGCUGCAAAGCUCUUGGAAGGAGAUUCUACCACUUGUGUUCAUUCAGGAAAUAUUUCUGCACCAGAUGAGUUUGCCACUCAUCCAGGAUUGGUUGUAGGCAAGAAAAAUUCUAGUCCAGCCACAAAACAAACUCCAAAAAAUCACCAGCUGUUCGUUCAUGAAAAUAAGCAUGAUAUUGAACCUUUAAAAAGUCGUUUUCAUACUGUUUCUGAGAAUAUCACCAUUGAUGCUUCAAAUGGUUCUAAGUUGUGUAAGCAUGCGACCAAGGAUGGAACAGAAGUGAAUGUCACGACUUGUGAUUUUCGGAGUAGGAGUUCCGCUAGAUUGAAGAAUCUGAAAGGCAAUUUGCAUGAUAACCCAGAAUCUAGGUAUUCUGUGAAGCAUAGAAACAAAAACUUGAGUCCCACAUUAGAUGCAUUUGAAAACACUGAUGGAGCAAAAAUGAAUAGUUCGUCAAGGACCACCAUUCAAUCUGAGGGGAGAAUGGACAUAUCAGACAGCCUUCCUGGAAAUUCUAUGGGCCAAGUUUUUGGAAAUUUGUCCGCGGAUGUAAGAAGCAAACGGAAAGAAGAGAAAAUGGCAGUCAAUGGGUCAAAAAGUAAAAGAAAUAAGAUGAAUUCCAUUCCCUUUGUUUAUGAUGAUCUGAGCAAUAUUGUACAGAAUAAUAACUGUGAAUUUGAGGGCAUUGGGGCAUCUAGCCCGUCUGCUGAUGAAGUUCAAGACCCAAUGCAUCAGACUGUCCUUAGAAAAGUUGAUGCUGAAUGUGCUGGAGAUGGUUCUCAGCAGAAAUCCAAUGUGAAACAUCCGCUAAACUGUGGAAACAAUAUGACUCAAGGUGAUUUGAAGACAAGGAACAAUAAUUCAGCUAGGUCUCCCAUUUUGCAUCGUACAAAGGACUUGAAGAAUGCAAAGGAAGGAGAAAACAAUGCUAAGGAAGAAAGCAUGUGCAGUAAGAGAGAUUUUAUUUAUUCUCCAGAGUCUUUGAGUUUUGGAAGAUCAAGGUCAGGGAGACCACUGGUUCCUACAUUGGAAUUCUGGCGCAAUCAAUUGCCAGUUUAUGAUUCGGAUCGCAAAAUGACUGGAAUUAAGGAUGAGUUGAUUGUGAUAGGACAGUCUAGAGGGAGUAUAUUGGAGCCUCAGAAAAAGAGAAGGCAGUAGAAGUUAAUUUCACGGGCAGCUUUAGCACUUGCUGUUGAAAUUAAGGAACUUAAGAAGGGUAUAGAGUCAAAGUUACUGAAAUGUUAUAAAUUUGGACAGCUUUUGGGGUUCACCAUGUUUAAAAAGGUCCUGAAAAUCACAUGAAGUGGAGCUAGAUUUAUAUGGUGAAUAGGAGUGGACUUCCUUGAGGUUUUCAUUUUCCGAAUGUUAUAUGAUGUUUUGAUGUAUGAUAUAAACUUGAAUAUCAUGGUGUCUACUCUGUAGCGGUUGUAAUAUAAGACGACACCUACUGAUGUUAACCUAAAAAUGAAUUAAUUCCUGUA